UAUCAACAUUUCAUGUUAUCUGUCAAAAAUUGUCACGCGUUCUUGCUUUAUUGUGUUGAAAAUAUAUCUGUAUUUUGUUUAUUUUUGGUGUACUUAUAAAUACGUAAUAUUUGUGUAGACAUUUAAUAAUAUAGUAACUACUUUAGUGUUUAAGAUGAUAAGUGACGACGAUCGUGACAUUGAUAUCGAGAGUGAUGCGGAGAAUGACUCUGAUUCCCGUACUCACAUGAGAAACAGUCUCGGUGGAAGUGGUUAUUAUUCACAGGCAGAAAAACGCGCACACCACAACGCCCUGGAGCGUAAACGAAGAGAUCAUAUAAAAGACAGUUUUACAUCACUAAGGGAAACAGUCCCAGCCUUACAGGGGGAGAAAGUGGUAUGUAAUGCUAGUCGAGCACAGAUUCUAAAAAAGGCAGCGGAAUACAUUCAGUUUAUGAGACGGAAAAACAACUCGCACCAACAAGAUAUCGAUGAUCUAAAACGGCAAAAUACAUUGCUUGAGAACCAAAUAAAAGCGUUGGAAAAAGUCCGUGCAACUGGCAACUAUCUGGAAGCACAUGAGUUAGCUCUCGGCAUUAAGUCGGAGGGCAGUUCCCAUGAUACGGACAGUUCUGAUGGUGAAGGUACAACCAGACGGGUGAAAAAACUCAAGAUUAACAGCGUCAAUGUAUGAUUGAAAGUUAAAAUAAUGCAAUAGUGUGAAUCAGUUUACUGGACUUAUGGCAAGAAACGGAAAAACAAAUGCAACAAUGUUGCCAGUGAAUUAAAGCUGUCUAUGGUUUUCUCUUAACAUUUAAAGUUUAAUUAAACAUUUGAUUUUAUUUUGAAUCUUCUGCAAUCUAGUUUUAGUACUAUUGUACUAUGUAGACAUGGUGUUACUUUAAUUGUAAAUAUUUCGUAUCGAUAUUAAAGAUACAAUAUUUUUGUUGUCUCUAUUUUUUUUUGUUGUAAGAAUAAUGCAAAGUUUAGCAUUGUCUUUUUUGACAAAUGAUUGUAAGAAAAUUCAUUAUAAAAUUAAUAGUUAUUAAUAGGAUUAAGAUUUAGUCUUCUUGAAUUUUACUUUACAUUUAAUACUGUCUGGAUUUUGAUUAUUUUUGUAAGCAAUAUACCAUUACUUUGAGAAUGCAUCCAUGUAAGAAAUAUAUUCUUUUGUUUCUUCUUCUUCUUCUUCUUCUUCUUCUUUUGUUUUUAUAUUAAAUAAAUACAAUAAAAAUAGAAAUAAUUUGCGACAAAACUUCAAAUAUCAAUCAAUUGUUUUUCGUAAAGAUUAUCUCAGAUAUAUGUAUUGUAUUUAAUCUUUUUGAAUAUCAUUUUCUACUUUCAUGCAUAAUUUUUUUUGUACAUAAAUAGUGUGCGAAAUGUUGUGACAUUCAAAAUUAUUGAGUUUGAACAGUUUGAUCAGGUUUAUGUGCUUGGAAAUCGUAAGUGUAUAUAAUAACGAAGAAAAUGUAAAAAUGAAUUUGAAUAGAAUGGUGAAAUCACAAACGUAACCUUGAAUUUUUUUUAUUUGUAUUAAAAUACUGGAAUAGUUCGAAAUUCAAACUUACAAAAGUCAUUUGUUUUGAUAAGAUAUUUAGUAUUAAAAACUGUAAAAUACGUUUGAUUCCUUUGUUCUUGAAGACUAAAUAAAUUAAAGUAUAAAAUACU